GGCAGGAUUAGCACAGAGGGAGAGAGAGAAGAAACAUCAAAGCUUCUGCAAUGAAGAAAGGUUAACGUACUUGACUUAUAGUUGACUGCUAUCCAGAACAAUUUUCCAUUCUCAUUCGGGCUUGCCGGUCUGAAAUUAACAUAGUGUUUGUGAGUCUAAGCCUUGACUGGAGGCCUUGUUUCCUUUCUCUGUCUGGACAAGCCAAGGUGGGUAGAAUUGCACUGUGUGACGGUUCCGUGUGCUGGCCAGAUUCAUGGGAAUGAACCGGAGUGUCUCUGGGGCCCCACGUCAGAAUCGUUUGUCCUCUUUGAAACUAUCUGGGAUACCUUGACCACUGGGAACUAAUGGAGUCCUCUUUUCAUAGAGCUCAGUGCAGAUCACAUUUGAAGAGGGUCCUCGGUUACCACCAGCCACAAAUAUAAGUCGCGUGACAUGCAAGGGACAGUCGGACCACAGCAUGGUGCUAUGCUGCCAUCUGUCAGCUGAAGCUGUGAAAUUCCCUGUCUCUGUUACUCAGCAGUCCCCAGUUGCUGUUUCUGUGGACACCUAUCAUGUCGCUUUGGCUGUGCUGCAGGCUCAGGUGGAGAUCCGCUUGGAGGAGAUACAGAACGAAGGUCUCCUGGUGUCGUGGACGUUCAAGGACAGACCAGACUUGAACCUUUCGGUUCUUCCAAGACUUCAACUUCGCGAGAACGAAGGGAGAGCGGAUCUAUCCACCAUAAAGGAUCUGAUCGAGGAUACCAUUGUCAGCACGCAGCCAGCCAUGAUGGUGAAUCUGAAGGCCUGCACCGCUGGAGCCGGUGCGGUACCCAGCAAUAAGUUGACUCGAGAGUCCCCGUCCGGAGUAGCAGCAGCCCCUCUGGGUUCUAAGCUGUUGCUCCGGAAUCUUCGAGUGCUGAACUUGGGCUGCCAGGGGAAGGGAGGAGUUGGGGAGAUACGCUGCGUGGCAGAGCUAGACAGCCCCCCGCAGCAGAAGCAGACGAGGCCGGUGACAGCUGGCAGUGCCGGUGCUGCAGCGCAGAUGGAGUGGAAUGAGGAGCUCUUUCUGGAGUUGGGACCUAGAAGUAAAGAACUGAAGCUACAGGUGCUGGGGAACAGUGACGGAGGGGGAAGUGUGCUGCUGGCACAUGCCACGCUUUUGCUUGAUUCUUUGGGCAGACGGCCAUCUGCGAGACAGGUCUGCUCGCUGGCCCCAGGAGCUGGGCAGUCACUGGCGGCUGAAGCUACCAUUGUAUUGGAGCUGCUAUUCCAGGAGUCUCCUGCAUCUUUGAAUGCUCAGCACGCCACAUCUCUGCGAACCAGCAUCACCCCCACUAAGAAGGUGGAGAUGGACCGGACCAUCAUGCCCGACGGCACCAUCGUGACUACUGUCACCACGAUUCAGUCCCGGCCCAAGGCAGACUGCAAACUGGAUUCACCAUCAAGGUCACCUUCCAAGGUGGAAGUGACUGAAAAGAAGACAACGGUGCUUUUGGAGAGCGGCUGCCCUCGUGGCCCCUUGCCCAGCGGUAGCCGGGAUAGCCAUAUGCCCAAUGGCUUGGAUCCGGUGGCCGAGACGGCGAUCAGGCAGCUAACUGAGACGAAUAACAAGCCUGCCAAGAAGACCCCGACAAAACGUAGCACGCUGAUCAUCUCGGGAGUUUCCAAGGUACCUAUCGCUCAAGAUGAAAUGGCACUUUCCCUGGGUUAUGCUGCAUCCCUGGAGGCCACGACGUACGGGGAUUCUGCGGCAGAGGGUGCAGCUGACCGGAUGCACGAUUCUACCGAAUCGUCACAGCUGCUGGAAGCGUCGCCGUCGGAACAAAGGGCCAGUCAGGAGCUGGACGAGACAACGCGAUCGGACAUCUCUGAGAGACCGUCGGUGGAAGAUGUUGAGUCUGAAACUGGCUCCACGGGAGCCCUUGAGACCAGGAGCUUGAAAGAUCACAAAGUUAGCUUUCUUCGGAGUGGUACCAAGCUCAUCUUCCGGAGAAGGAGCAAGCAGAAGGAAGCGGGCCUGAGCCAGUCACACGAUGACUUGUCCAAUGUCGCCGCCAACUCCGCCGCCAGGAAGAAAGCCAGCAGCUUCUCCCGCCGCCUCAUCAAGCGCUUCUCCUUCAAGUCUAAACCCAAACCCAAAGCUAGCGACAGCACAACAGCAGACUAGCUGCCGUGUCAGAAGUUGAAGACAAUGGAAAAAAGGUGAACUAGCUGAAAAAUGAAGCGAAAUGGAUCCGACUGGAAGCUGCCUCCGUCUGCAGAAUAGAGAAACCCUGCCUCUUUGAGUACAGUAGGUCCUCGUGCGUGAGUGAGAGACGCUAUGUAUCGAUGAACCCUCACAUUUAAAGAGCUGUAAGACACUAGCUGUACUCUUAGAUGGAUGACAGUCGAGUGACUGGAGCUGCGGAAGAGGAAGAGGGGAGAGAGAAACGUCCGAGUUGUACAUUUCCUCAGGCGGCGCCAAGAGCAGGAGCUGAGAGUGUCAACUGCCACCGUGUCACCGCGGUCGCUCUUUCUUCUGCCAUGAAAGUACAAGACGGAUGGAAGGAUCUAUAGCGGUCUGCAAGUACAAGGUACGUCUACGAUGCGUGUCUGCGUUUUUCCUAAGGUGCUUGUAGUAUGGACUUUAAAGUUAACAUUAAGAAUGUGCCAACUCUCCUUCUGUAGUUUUUCUAUGAAAUAUUCUAACACAAAUAGUAAAAAUAAAAUAAGGUCUGUUCUGGAGCACGUUACGCCUAUGCAAAGCUUACUUCUCUCCAUUUAUUUUCUCUUCCUGAAAGCAUAAUCUUCUGUUUCUGUGCACUUACUAUUAGAUGAUACUGUGAAACUGAUUUUGUACUACAAGAGGCAAGAAACUGUUCGUAAGAGUUCAGAUGCUCAGAAGAAACGGACUUUGUUUUCGUGAUAAAAGCUUUACGCUUUUUGUCAAUAAGUUUUUAAAAUAUCUUUAUAGUAGUACUCAGAAACCUUGCUGAGAUACUAGCGUCUGUACCAAAAGCAAUCAAGGUCAAAGAAGAGACAUGGACAAAACAGGACGAAUCGUCGGCGCUUCUGCGUGUUUUCCAGGCUUUCCCAAGAAGCGUUAGCAGCCUUGUAACUAGCGAUGGCUAGUCCUGAUGCAUUUUUGGUGAGUUAUUGCUUCAAUAAUGUCCUUUUUUCUUAACCUAGAGUGUGUAAUUUUUGACUUCCGUUGGAACGAGAUUUUCCAGAACGGAAAUCUUUCUCAUUCAAAGAAGUUGCAUUUUACGAACUUCCCAUCAGAGCGGCUCUUCAGAGAUGAGGUAUUUGGCAGUAGAAGUCAUCAGCAACAAGGCUUUUCACU